UGAGCUCAAGGACCUGAGGUAAUGCAGGACAGUUUUGGGAAAAGGUAUAGUAGACCGACCUCAAGCAGCGGGACUAGCUAUAAAUCCACAGUCUUUCCAAUCGCAACCACACACUCAAGUCAUCCUAGCCACCAUGAAGACAAUCAUGAAGACUGCUCUGCUCGCCUGUCUGCUUCUCGCAGCGCUUCAGUUUGGUCAGGCGAGCCCUGCACCUGCCCCGGCGGAGACUAAGCCUACCACCAGUUUAAGUGAGAUGCACUUGAGUAUGCUUAGACGUUUAAAAAGACUCUUUGCAGUGCAUCUGGAUCGGCGUCUCAACUGCGGUCGAGAAAACGUGGCCAUCCGGUGAGCGCGCGUCAGCCUUGCAGCUCGAUGUGCGGCGUCUGCCGCACGAGCGGCAUCUUCCAGGAAAGCAACGAAGACACGCCAGUUCAGCAUCUGUUACGUCCCCUUCCUCCCCCGCGGUGCGGUGACACAUCACAAGGCGCGGGCCUGGCUGCGGCAGCCACUGACGACGACAAGAAGGCGAGACGUCCUCUGCUAAUGAGAAAAAUCUUCGACAAGGUUGCGGAAACUUCCCAUAAAGCAGUCCCUACAUGAUUCCCGAAAUACUUGAUUCCCAGCGAUUCCCAUCCGCUUAUAUUCGUUCCUUAGGUUUUCUAGUGGUAGAUAACCCUUAUUUCGACUAAUUUGUAUCAGUUCUAGUUUCCCGCUUAGGUAAAGCGAUUUCUGUUGAUUUCGAUCAAUUGUCAUCAUGUGAUUCCCAGGCAGGUGUACACAUAAUUCCCAGAGAUAUUGCCCCCUCGGUUGCAGGUAAAAUCGCCACGCACACAAUGCCAAAAAACCACAAUACAAUAGAAAAGAGUCAAUUCGAAGGGAAUUCAGACGCGGGGAAAAGUUAAACCAUUUACUUUUUACUCGAAAUCGGCGAGUGCAACGACAAUGUUCUCCGCUUAAAUUGGUGCUUCUGGUUGAAACUAACGCAGGAAUUGGCAUAAAUAAAUUUUCGAGUUACUAUUCUGAACAUGUGCGGACUAAUUCAUCCAGGCGUCUUAUUUCAGACCGACGACGCCAAAACUAUUUCGCAAGUGGUAAUAAAAAAGUCGCACAUCGCACAUAACUGGAAAGUAAACGAGUUGAAGAGGAUUCAGCGCGCUCGCCAGUUGCACACUCAUGAGCGCACUGCAAAGACGCACGCAAUUAUUUGGUAGCGCUCAGCUCCAGCAGGCCUCCAGCGGGCUCUCCACUGGAGUCUCCACGCAGCGCGAACAGCGCGUCACCAUCGAAAACAAUUCCCCGUCUGUUUAUGCAAAUGUGACAGCGGGGCUCCAGGCUGCUACCCCCGGUCGCGCAACAGCCGCGACUACGCCCACCAAUAGGCCCCUCGGAUCCGAGCGGAUAAGUACUUGGGGAGUAAGACGUCUUAGUGCGAUGCGCAGUACACUACGAAGCACGCAAUCCCCCAAAAAGUGCAUGGAAUAAGAUAUUACGAUCCUAAAACGAUACUGACUCACUUUACUCGACGCUGU